AUGUCUGACCCCGCCAUCAAAAUCGAGUACCGCGGCCGGUUGGCCAUUGUCACCAUUAACAACGAAAAGAAGCUCAAUGCUCUGAACGGGAACCAGUACUACGCCCUUGCUCAAGCCCUGCGCGAGGUUGCCACACAUGACGAAGUCUACAUCACCCUUCUGAUCGGCAAGGGCCGCUAUUUCUCUGCCGGCGCCGACGUCUCCCUCUCACAGCCCUCUCCUGAGGAACAACGCAUCCGUUCCGAAAACCCGCACCGCUUCUGGCUGCAGUCCUUCGUCGCCAACAACCUGAACAUCACCCACGCCUUCUACACGCAUCCCAAGAUUCUGGUCGUCGGCCUCAACGGCCCCGUCAUCGGCCUGUCCGCGGCGCUGGUCGCCUUCGCCGAUUUCAUCUACGCGACUCCGCAGACCUUCUUGCUGACCCCCUUCAGCUCGCUGGGUCUCGUCACCGAAGGCGGCGCCUGCCGCGCCCUAAUCCAAAGAUUGGGUCCCGCGAGGGCGAAUGAGGCGUUGAUCAUGAGUAAGCGCAUCACGGCAGAGGAGCUAGAGAGGGCUGGCUUUGUGAACAAGAUCUUCUCCGAGGUGGGCAAGGGAGAGGACGAGAAGUUUAAGCAGCUGGUGCUGAACGAGAUCAAUGAGCGGCUGGGAGAGCAUCUGGUCGGUGACAGCUUGCUGGGCAUUAAGAAGCUUAUUCGUCGACCUGAAACACAGAUCCUGGAUGCGGCGAACGUCGCCGAGGUGUUUGCGGGUUUGGACCGGUUCGUCAGUGGUGUACCACAGGGAGAGUUCGAGAAGAUUGCAACGGGCAAGAAGAGGCACAAGCUCUGA